AUGUCCGUUUCCAUUCCUCUUCGAGCGCUGUCAAGCGGUUAUAACAUCCCUGCCAUUGGUCUUGGCGUGUACCAGAGUGCAGACGCCGAAACCAUUGUCUACGAGGCCCUCAAAAAGGGUUACAGACUGGUGGACACUGCCCAGGAGUAUGGCAAUGAAGCUGCCACUUGUCGGGGUAUUUCCAAGUUCCUGAAGGAGACUGGAACUAACCGACGAGAGGUCUUUUACACCACCAAGCUGGACGACGCCACUGGAGGAUAUGAGGGCACCAUGCAGCUGGCUGAGGCUCGCCUAGCUGAGGCUCGAAAGGGCGGUAUUGAUUACAUUGAUCUGCUUCUGAUCCAUGCUCCUUUCUCCAAGUCUCCCUACACCGAGACCCGACUGGCUGCUUGGAAGGCUCUUACCGAGCUGGUUGACGGAGGAGCCAUUCGAAGCAUUGGAGUGUCCAACUACGGAGUUAAGCAUCUGAAGGAGUUCUGGGACGCUGAUGUCAAGUACAAGCCUGUUCUGAACCAGGUUGAGUCUUCUCCCUGGAACGUGCGACAAGAUAUCCACGACUUUUGCAAGUCUCACAAUGUCAUUGUCGAACAAUACUCUCCUCUGUGUCGAGGCAAUCGAUUUAAGGAGCCCGGUGUUCUCAAGCUGGCUGACAAGUACAAGAAGACUCCUGCCCAGAUUCUCAUUCGAUGGAGUCUGGAUAAGGGAAUGCUUCCCAUUCCCAAGACCGACAACGUGGACCGUCUGAGUCCUAACCUCGACGUCUUUGAUUUCAAUCUGACUCCCCAAGAGGUCGAGGACCUUCAGGAUCUCAACUCGUAUACUUGUUACGAGUGGGACCCCACCGUUACCAAGUGA